UCAGCAACCUAGCUGGACCGGCAACGCUAGCCUACAAUAAUUUAUAAGAAAAUAUUAUAAAAUUAAAUUUAAUAAAGAGAGAAAUAUCUAAGCUUAGGCCUUUAGCUAUAAAAGGUAAAACAAAGGUGCACCAAAAAUAUACUAAACCAAUAUCAUCCCAACAAUACAAAGAAGAAACACACACACAUACACUCUCAAUACAUCUUUCCUCGCUUCCGAUCAGUGAGAUCACGUAGAGUGCCUUGAAGGAGAAGAAAGAGAGAAAAAUGGGAUACUUUAUUGGAGAAACCGUAAGCUCUAACUCUAAAACCCCAUUUGUUAUUGAUGAUGAUAACGACUUGGGUUUGAUGGCCGUGAGACUAGCCAAUGCUGCUGCCUUUCCAAUGGUUCUCAAAGCCGCCCUCGAGCUUGGUGUCUUUGACACUCUCUACGCCGAAGCCUCUCGCACCGACUCGUUCCUCUCACCCUCUGAGAUAGCGAGUAAACUACCAACUACACCUCGUAACCCUGAGGCGCCGGUUUUGUUGGACCGCAUGCUUCGUCUACUCGCUAGCUAUUCUGUGGUCAAUUGUGGUAAGGUCUCAGAAGGAAAGGGUGAGAGGGUCUACAGAGCCGAGCCAAUUUGCAGGUUCUUCUUGAAGGAUAACAUUCAAGAUAUUGGAUCCCUUGCUUCUCAAGUCAUUGUCAAUUUCGAUAGUGUCUUCCUCAAUACUUGGGCACAAUUGAAAGAUGUGGUGCUAGAAGGAGGUGAUGCAUUUGGCCGCGCACAUGGUGGUAUGAAACUCUUUGACUAUAUGGGUACGGAUGAGAGAUUCAGCAAGCUCUUUAACCAAACCGGUUUUACCAUUGCGGUUGUGAAGAAGGCUCUUGAGGUUUACCAAGGUUUCAAAGAUGUGAAUGUGUUGGUUGAUGUAGGAGGUGGAGUUGGUAACACCCUUGGUGUUGUUACUUCUAAGUAUCCCAAUAUUAAGGGUAUCAAUUUUGAUCUAACUUGUGCCUUGGCACAAGCACCCUCUUACCCCGGUGUGGAGCAUGUUGCCGGAGAUAUGUUCGUAGAUGUCCCAGCCGGAGAUGCUAUGAUCUUGAAACGUAUACUUCAUGAUUGGACCGAUGAAGAUUGUGUCAAGAUUCUUAAGAAUUGUUGGAAAUCACUACCAGAAAAUGGUAAAGUGGUUGUCAUAGAAUUAGUCACUCCUGAUGAUGCAGAGAAUGGAGACAUCAACGCAAACAUUGCCUUUGACAUGGACAUGUUAAUGUUUACCCAAUGUUCUGGUGGAAAAGAGAGAUCAAGAGCUGAGUUUGAAGCUUUGGCAGCAGCUUCUGGCUUCACCCAUUGCAAGUUCGUUUGCCAAGCUUAUCACUGCUGGAUUAUUGAGUUCUGUAAAUAAAAUGUGUGAAAUGUAAAACUAAAUCGUCGUUAAUAAUAAUUUGCAUCUUUGUUGCCAUUUUCUCUUGAUAUCUUUGUCAUCGAGUAAUAAAAGAGUUUAGUCAUUGUCCCUUGAA